CCUUUUACCUAACGUGCUGGUGGCCGACCGAAACCGCCGACGGAUGACGGACUUGGACGACCAAUACGGCUGGUUGGCGGUCGUGGCGGCGGCGGCGGCGGCACCGUGUUCCCGUCGAAAAAGUUAUUUAGAUCAAAAAGGUCAUACAAUCCCGCGAUAAGGCGAUAACGCGGCGGAACACAUGAGUUCAUGACGUCCGUCUGCUAAUGAUUCGAUAACACCCGUCGCCCUCGCCCGUCGGCCAUGGCCUGGUAGUGGCUGACGGCUGUUAAAGUUGUAUACUCUUUGCCCCUUUCCCACCAAUUGGUCGUGUCUACACGUGUUGAGCCCGACCGGCUGGCGACGGAGUCUCGUUUCCUUUCACCUUUUAGUAUUAGCAUUGAUUAUAGAAUAGACUAUUCUAUAAUCAAUGGUAUUAGUAUUUAGUUUGCUUUUGCGACUGGACGAGCGUUCAAAGAUCAUGACAUUAUACAAUUUAGAAUAGAUGCUUAUCGCCGGAAACGUACUCAAUGGUUACUGUUUGACGGCGUUCGUGUGUGCAGCGUACUACCCUCAGUCCUCACAACAAAGACUGUAAUUUCUUUUCUGAGCAGCAAGCAUUCGCAGUACUGUUCCAUCUAUUCUGUGCGACUGUUCUGCAUCUACAGUAAGAUUUAUCAUGCAGUUUAUUAGAAUUAUGCCUUCCCAAAAUCCUUUUUUACUAUCGUAUUGUAAAGUGCCCUCAAAAAGCCAACCUUCCGAACUCCACUCAAAAAUGGCUAAGACGUUAUCUUGUAAAAUAGGUCCAUCUAUUUUGAAUGCUGAUUUAUCACAGUUGUAUAAUGAAUCUCAAAAGUUGAUAGACAGUGGAGCCGAUUACUUGCACUUGGAUGUUAUGGAUGGUACUUUUGUACCUAAUCUGACUUUUGGACAUCCAGUCGUGAAAUGUUUAAGAACUAAAUUGCCCAACACUGUGUUUGAAACACACAUGAUGGUUCAAAAUCCAAUUCAAUGGAUUUCUGCUAUGGCUGAUGCUAAUGUAGAUCAGUACACAUUUCACAUUGAGCCAUGUGAUGACGUUCCUUUAGUAUGCCGUAAAAUCAAAGAAGCGGGAAUGAAAGUAGGCUUAGCAAUAAAACCUGGAACUCCUGUUACAUCUGUUGAAGAAUAUAUAGAUCUGGCUGAUAUGAUUUUGGUGAUGACGGUUGAACCUGGAUUUGGUGGUCAGAAAUUUAUGACUGACAUGAUGCCAAAAAUAGAAAUGUUAAGAGAGAAAUAUCCCACAAUGGACAUUGAAGUUGAUGGAGGUAUAGGUCCAAAUAACAUUGAUGUUUGUGCUAAGGCAGGAGCAAACAUGAUUGUAUCUGGAACCGCAGUGAUCUUAGAUAAAAAUCCACCUAAAGUUAUUAAACUUCUUAAAGACGCUGUUAAUAAGCAUUUAAAUAAAAAAUUAAAUUGUUAAUUUUAUUUUAUUUUAUGAAGUUUAUUGUUAUUAAUAAAGACAAAUUCAUUAAAAGUUUUAUUUAAAAUA